CCCGUCGUGCACCGGGGCGGUGUGUGGAGAACUGCUGUAAAUCUCAUGGUGGCGGCGACACCGAAAUGCCAGCGUGCAUGGUGAAGGGAUGCCCCUCUGGUGGACGACAUCAUGAAGAAGGUGUUACUCUACACGUGUUUCCUAAAAACAAAGAGAUGAUCAAACGUUGGCUAGCACAAACAGGCCAAAAUUUUGGCGAUCUAGAUGAAUUUGCAGAGAAGGUGCUUGAAGGAAAAAAAUCUGACAAAUAUCGAAUGUGCUCUAAACAUUUUUCUCCAGGCUCGUAUCUCGUUGCUGAAGGAUGGAGAAAGGCUUUAAGAAAAGAUGCUGUCCCCACCAUCUUUGAUAUCAUUCCAUCACCUGCACUCCCAGCCUUUCAAAAGCGACCAUUCAAGAGACAAAGACUUGAAGAUUCAGUCACCCCAAUGUUGAUGACUGUGUAUGAAGAUCCAGGGCCUUCUGAUGGCUUUUGUUACCAUUGCGGGCAAAGGAUUAUGGCUGAUACAACAAUGAGAUCUAUUGGCGUGUUAACUGAUUUCUAUGUUGGAAGGAGAGAUUGCUUUACACAGACGGAUCCCAAAAUGGGUUGCAGAAAUAUGUCUACUGAAACAAAAUUCAAAAAGUAUCACAAGAGAGUACAGUGUAGGAUGAGAGCAAAACCUACUAACUUUUCACCAGUGCCUCUUGAAAACUGUGAAGAUGAAGGGUCACCUGUGUUACAGUAUAUUGUCCCAUCAAAUGAAUAUCAAACCCAAAACUCAGAUGCCGAAAGUGAGCAAACAGAUGAGAGCGAACCCGAGAAAUUAACUAGGGUAGUUUCUCCAACACCAAGUGUCCUUCAGUUUAAACAGGAAAGUCCUUUGCCAAGGCAAGUCUCUACCGCUUCAUCAAUGAAUAUGGAUUCCAUCCAUUUCAGUAGAAAUCACGAAUUUGACUCCAAUGUCCAUGUUUUCAAAGAGUCUUCCACAGAGACUAAAGAAAUGCAUGAUUAUGAUCCAGAUCUUAGUGAAGCAACCCUUGUUUCUGACUGUCCUGACCGUGGUGAUCUUGUAAAGGAACUCAAAUUCAUUGUAUUUGAAAGCUGCCUUGAUGCCCUUAUCUAUAAAGUACCUUGUCAAUAUCAAGGGCAGUGUUGGAAACCAAUAAGCAAAAUAGAGAAAAAAAGUAUUGGCUCUUUUAUAAGCAUAUAUGUAACCUGUGUAGACCAACAUUGUUAUUGUCUAUGGGAAAGCCAACCCAAAAUUGGGCAUAUGCCAGCAGGGAAUCUCCUUCUGUCUUCUGCAAUACUAUGCAGUGGGACGUCUUUUGCAAAAGCACAACAUUUAUUCAAUUUGUUGGGACUUUUGAACGUUAAUAAACUCACAUACUCCAAGAACCAGGUACAAUUUUUAUUUCCCACUAUAAAUCAACAGUGGGAAGAAGAGCAAAGAAGAAACUUUCAAAUGGUGGCAGCCGAUCCUGUUUGUUUGGCCGGUGAUAGCAAAUGUUAUCUCCUUAGUGACAGCACUAAAUACUGCGUGUACGCUAUGAUGGAUGUACAAUCUAAAAAGGUCCUUGGUUUUCAUAUUGAGCAAGCAUGGGCAGGAGUGUCAUCUUUUGCAUUGGAAAAAAUAGCCUGCAAGAAAGUCCUUCAGAACCUUCUUGAUCAAAAGUUGCAUGUGAAGGUAUUAUGCACAGGCCGUCACAUGGGCAUCAGAAAAAUGAUAAAAGAGGAAUUCUCUUCUAUCAUUCAUAAAGUGGAUGCUUGGCAAUUGGCCAAGUCCGUGGGUAACAAAGUGGCAUGUGCAAGUCGUAAAAAAAAUUGUUCAGCAUUAACCUCUUGGGUCAGCUCCGUCAAGUCACACCUUUGGUGGUGCACUAGUACCUGCGACGGGCAACCAGAUGUCUUAGUGCAGAAAUGGAAUUCUCUGCUGCAUCAUGUUGUGGACACCCAUUCAUGGCAAGCAGAGAAAGGAUAUGAACGUUGUCACCAUGAUCACAUUCCCGAGGCUGUCCGUCAACGUAGGAAAUGGCUCUGUAAGGGUGGCAAAGCACACAACUCCCUUAAGACAUUAGUGCUCAAUAAGAAGCUUCAGCAAGACCUCAGGCACGUGUCUAAUUUCUGCAGUAGUGCCGAGCUUGAGGGUUAUCAUGGUGCUAUGUCCAAAUACCAACCCAAAAGAGAUCCUUUUUUUGUCGAAGACCUAGUGGCAAGAACCCAGUUAGCUGUAUUGGAUCACAACAACAACUUUAGACGUGUACAGGCCAUGGUGAGACACGAAACAAAGAUGUGUCAUCCUUUGUUCAAACCAAGGAUUUACACUGUGGAGAACAAUGCACGCAAACAGUGGUAUCAGAGAGCUCUGUAUGAGGCGAGCAACCAUGAAUUUUUAUUUGCUAUUAUGAGAGAAGUCCUAGGGUUUGCAAGUCGAAAUCGACAUACCGACUUUCCCGUAAUGAUCAGAACUUAAUUUCAUUGCAUGCAUGAAAAAAGCCAAAUCAGUCAAGUAUGUGUUGUAAACACUAACUGUUUUAUACUUUUCCAUAAACCUUUUAAAAUGUU